AUGGAGCAAGGUCCGCAAGCUGCUGGCACUGGAUGUCAGACCGUUGUGGACUGGGGUUGGAUUAUACGGCAUGAGCAUCCCGGACGCGGCCGAAAUGGCCCCGAGGAAUACAAGCUGGUCAACAGGGGCGGCGUUUUUGCCAAUAGUGACGGAAAGCGAAUUAUUAUUCAGCAAAUGGGCGAUGGAAGCCUGAGUGUAUAUUCAUCGGCUGUAUACGACAGCGAGAAUUGGGCUUCACCUGGCGUCUGCGGAUACAACUCGCACGACCACAAGGCAGUCAAGAAGGCUUUGCUCAUCCUGUAUCAAGACUGGAGCCCGGAGUUGACAGAAGCCACCGCCAAAGCGACGGGCAGCCGCUCGCCAAGAUCGCUCUACAUACUCCCAGUAGGUUUCAGGUGGCCGCGCCGGCGCGGUAUCACGGUCACCGGGGACGCAGCGCACCUGAUGACACCGUUUGCCGGCGAAGGUGUCAAUGUCGCGCUCGAGGACGCGAUGAAGCUGGCAAAAGCUAUUAUCCCCGCAGCGACCGAGAGAGACCAACCCGACCUACUUGACCAAAAGAUCAAGGCAUUCGAAAAGGAGAUUUUCGCUCGCAUGGAAAAGGUGCAACGGCUGGCGGAAGAGCUCAUGCGCGACUACAUGUUCACGCCGGGCUCGCCGCGGACGACCAUUGCAACUUCGACGACGACCACGUCAAGUUCGAGACACCGCGGGCGUUGCACCCACUGGCGGCUGGCAUGGUGCACUCGUACUUUUUCAUGCGCCGGCUGCUGGCGCCAUGAAGCACAAGAGGGGACAGGCGUGGCUGCUUAA